UUUAUUGUGAAGGCUGCAGUGGAAGUCGUGUCUCUGGCCGGUUGCUUCGCUCUUCUUCCGCGAUCAGAGGCCGGAGUCUGGAGGCAGAACCGAGCGGAAACCUGCGAAAUAAAGCGGCGGCCAGGUGCGAAGGAUGGCCGAGGAGCAUUACCUGGAGCUGAGCGAGAACCCCGUGCAGUUCGAACAUGCCUCGAGCGUCAACAACGUCUUCUUCGACGAGGCCAACAAGCAGGUGUUCGCAGUGCGUUCAGGUGGAGCCACCGGGGUGGUGGUUAAAGGUCCUGAUGACAAGAGCAGCGUCGCCUUCAGGAUGGACGAUAAAGGAGAAGUAAAAUGCAUCAAGUUUUCCAUUGGUAACAAGAUCCUGGCUGUGCAGAGAACCUCCAAGUCUGUGGAUUUCAUCAACUUCAUCCCCGACUACCCGCACACAGAGUUCAGUCAGGAGUGUAAGACGAAGAACGCCAGCAUUUUAGGUUUCUGUUGGACCAACUGGAACGAGGUCGUCUUCAUAACCGACCAGGGAAUCGAGUUUUACCAGGUGUUUCCAGACAAGCGCAGCCUGAAGCUGCUGAAGAGUCAGAGCAUCAACGUGAACUGGUACCAGUACUGCCCCGAGACCGCCGUCAUCCUGCUGUCCACCACCGUGCAGGGGAACAUCCUGCAGCCCUUCGCCUUCAGGAACGGGACCAUGUCCAAGAUGUCCAAGUUUGAGAUCGAGCUGCCGGUUGUCCCCAAACCCGCCAAACUCAGCCUGUCGGAGAGAGACAUCGCCAUGGCAACCAUCUAUGGUCAGCUGUACGUGAUGUACCUGAAGCAUCACUCGAGGACGGCCAACAGUCCCAGUGCAGAGGUGGUGCUGUACCACCUGUCCAGGGAAGGUUCCUGUAAGAAGAGUCACGUGCUGAAGCUGAACACGACGGGCAAGUUCGCUCUGAACAUCGUCGACAACCUGGUGGUGGUUCAUCACCAGAGCUCGCAGACCUCGCUGAUCUUCGACAUCAAGCUGAAGGAGCCCGACUGUGCCCUGAACAUCCACCAGCCCGUCCUGCCCGCCAGGUCCAUCCACCCCUACAGGAUCCCGCUGUCAGGGCCGGCGGCCGUUCCUUCGCAGCCUCCGGUGCCGUGUCAGCUCUACUCCUCCUCCUGGAGCGUCUUCCAGCCAGACAUCAUCAUCAGCGCCAGCGAAGGUUACCUGUGGUACCUGCAGGUGAAGCUGCCGCCCACAGUCAACCUGCUGCAGGACAAAGGCAAACUGAUGGACUUCCUGUUACGGCGCAGAGAGUGCAAGAUGGUCAUCCUGUCGGUCUGCUCGCAGAUUCUGGAGGUCGGCGAGAAGGGAAGUCUUCCUGUUGUGGCGACCGUGUUUGACAAACUCAACCAGGUGUACAAAGAUUACCUGGAGGCGGAGCAGAGCUACACUCAGGCGAUGGAGUCCGGACCGAGCCGAGGAAGCGCCGCCCAGAAGCGUCCGGUCAGAACUCAGGCCGUCAUCGACCAGUCGGACAUGUACACGCACGUCCUGUCCUCGUUCACGGAGAGGAAGGGCGUCUCCCACAAGUUCAUCAUCGCCGUGCUGAUGGAGUACAUCCGCUCUCUGAACCAGUUCCAGAUCACCGUCCAGCAUUACCUGUACGAGCUGGUGAUCAAGACGCUGGUGCAACACAACCUGUUCUACAUGCUGCACCAGUUCCUGCAGUACCACGUCCUCAGCGACUCCAAACCUCUGGCGUGUUUGCUGCUGUCUCUGGAGAGCACGUACCCACCCGCACACCAGCUGUCCCUGGACAUGCUGAAGCGUCUGUCCACGGCCAACGACGAGAUCAUCGAGGUUCUGCUGUCGAAGCAGCAGGUUCUGGGCGCGCUCAGAUUCAUCCGCAGCGUCGGUGGCCACGACAACGCGUCUGCGCGGAAGUUCCUGGACGCGGCGCAGCAGACCGGAGACCAGAUGCUGUUCUACACGGUGUUUAGGUCGUUCCAGCAGAGAAACCAGCGACUCAGGGGAAGCCCCGCCUUCAACCCAGGUGAGCACUGCGAGGAGCACGUGGCUCACUUCAAGCAGCUGUUUGGGGAGCAGGCGUUGAUGAAGCCCUCCACCGUGUGAGCCCGGUCUCCGUGGCGAGGAGACGACUCGAUGGGACGCAAAUCAUCGCGUACGUUCACGUGCACACGAGUGUCCUGCUGCAGGAAACCGUGAGAGUGUGACGCCACAGAGCAUCCUAGCAUGCCGCCCCCAGGGUUAAGAAAAGGUGGUGUUACUGUGGCCCGAUCCCUGCUGCUCCACCUUAAAUGUUAACAGGAUGUGUUAAUUUAUGAUGAUUGCUUUUGCUAAAAUCUUCCUCCUCUGCGGCUCUAACACCUUCAUGCGGUCGGGUUUACCUGCACAGGUGAUCCUGAUAUCGCUCUGAUAUCAGCUGUUGUGGGAGGGGCCAGAGCCUGCACCGCUGUGUGUUUGUGGGGUGAAUGUGAGGUGUAUAUUCUGUAAGAUAAAGAUGAAUUAUUGUGCAUGAACAGGUUUUAAUGUCAUGAAAUCCAACAUGUCUGUGUGCAGCUAAUAAAGGUUUAACUGAAAA